ACUUCCGUAAAUACACGCAUCAGGUUGUAUGGAUUCAUCCAGAACAAAACGUUAAGGCUGCAAUUUUGAUUAUAUGUGGCGAAUUGCAGCUGCAUUAAAAUAAAGUUUAGACGGGCGGUCGGUGCUUUAACUAAUCAAGAAGAUGCCCAAGGAAUCUGAUGAGUCCUCCAAGGAGGAGCAGAGCAAGAUUGACAAGGACGGGAUAGAAAACACUAUGGAAACAUCAGAAGAGAUGAUCCGGAAGAGGAUCAGAAGAAAUACUCCCAGUCCUCACAGACUCACCCCCCAGUCCAGUCCACCCAGGUUUGUGUCAGUGGAAGAGCUAAUGGAGACAGCCAAAGGAGUCACUAAUAUGGCACUGGCCCAUGAGAUAGUAAUGAACAGUGCUUUUCAAGUCAAGCCUUAUGAGCCAGAAGAGGGAAGUUUGGAGAAACAGGUCAAAGAAAUAAUGCACAAAGCAUUCUGGGAUUGCCUUGAGUCACAGCUGAAUGAGGACCCACCAUCUUACAGCCAUGCUAUCACACUGGUUGGUGAAAUUAAAGAGACUCUUCUCAUGGAUCAGGGCAGAUUUCUGGAGAUGCAACAGGAGCUGGAGAAACUGGCACUGGUGGCUUCAGUCCUGCUCAUAGUCUAUAACAGUGCCGGUGAAGCCAUUUCUGGACUCCCAGGCCUCAUGGAAAGACUGAAGAAAACCAUUAAGAUUCUGUUAGCGGAGAUGCACACUUUGUCCUUUAAAGCGGAUGAAACCUUUGCUGCGGUUGCAGAGAAAUUGUGUGGGGAGCUCAGAGGAUGCUUGUCUCAGCAUGGCUUUUCCCCAUUUUCUUCUGACAGAGAGAACACGUUGAAAGGCCAAAUUGUAGCUGCGAAGUCUGCGGACAACCCCAUACGCAAGGUCAUUGACUCCCGAAUCCAGACGUACCUUCUUGGCUUCCUGGAGUCAAGCGCCCACCGGUGCGCCCCGGCUCUCCCUGGAGGUCUGACACCCAUCAGCAAAGAGUUAGAGGAGAUUUCCGUUAAGCUGGAACGUUUGGUAACCUUCAACAAGCUAGUUUACUCUCCGUUCUACCACAAGAUCCUCCAAGAUAUUCUGAAACAAGGGGAAAGUUUAGAUGUGUAAACAAAAUACCUGAAAUACUUACCACUAGUGUUCCUGGCUUUCACAUUCUGUAGCUAUGUACAAAUUAAAGUGUCUGUAAAAUAGCUAAUUAACCUCUUAAAGCUCACACGCUAGCACUAACAGAUAUUUAAGGCUUAAGAGUCCUGACCUCCUCUCAUUGCAUUCUAUAUCAGGAAAUAUUUAUGAAUGUAUCAAGGCAUUUAAAUUGCCUAAAGCUUGGAUUACUUUAGGCAAUAACUCAUAACUGUUAGAAUAGCGUACUGAAAUGUAAUAGAGGAGAACCUUGCGAAUACUGUUAUUGUGUGCAACAAAAUAGAAAAAGAAUACUUGCAUUUUACAAAAGAUUCACUUCCAACAACAUUUCAAGUAGUUUCAAACAUUUGCUGUUGUAGCCUGAUCCCUUCUGUAAAGGUGUUAUUGAGGUUUCCGGUUGUGAGGAAAAGGAUGUACAGUACAGCAUUUGAUUGGUGCCUUAGUUUGUGAAGUGCCACCCAUAUUUAAGUGCACAUUUUUCUCUUUACUGCUCAUUUUAACCUACAGAUUACUCCCAUGUUGUUCCCAUGUUCACGGGAUACUUGGAACACCAAGCAUGGUCUUUUUAGAGUAUUCUUGAUUUUUUAAAAACAAUGUUUCUAUCAACACUGAGCAUGUUUUACAGUAGGCAACUUCACCUCACAAGCAACUGUAUUCCCCAACAACCCCAACUGCACAUUUCUCUGUUCUACUCUCAUGAACCUCUAAGGUGUCUUAUUAAUGCAGUAUUACUAAUGGUUAUUUUAAAUGGAAUGCUGGCUCCCAAUAAAAAUGGUUAAUGGAGGUAUGU